UUCAUACACAUAACUACGCGCGCGCGCGCGCGAGCGACUACGCGUAUCGCCGGACGCAGUCGUGCGUUUUCUCGAGCCGAGAUGAUUUUCUGCGGUCGGUGCUUUCGUUUCGACUGGUCGCGGUGCUUUUUCUUCGGCCUGCUCCUUGCUCGCCGUGCCAUGCCGCGCUGUCGAUGGCCUCUCCUACUCGUAUGCCAUCGUAUACCGGGUGUUCCUUCGAGUCGCGACCAUCGCCGGACUUGAAACGCGAUUCCUCGUGUUAUUCGAUCCGAGAUGCGUUUCAUUUAAGGCUCUUGAAUCAUCGCAUCUUUGUUGUUCAUCAAAUAUAUUCAAGGACAAAUAAUACUUGCGAGUAUUUCAAAUGCCCAUGUGGAAUCUACCCUCCCCUCCCCAGUUCUUUCUACUUGACGCUUUGAUCUACGCCGAAUGUCAACUCUCCCACGUUUUCUCUCGGUCUACGAAUUUUCAAGGCAACCCCGGUGUGCUCGUUGUCUUUUAGCGGAUACCGCGCACGUAUUUCCGGAAGCACGGCGAGAGACACCCGCUGACAUUUACGUGAGGAAAACGCGGAGCGGCUACGCGACAAAAGCGACGUUGACGUUGACGUCGGGCACAAGGAGUCGCGGAGCGUGUCUACAUCAAAGCGGCCGCUUCCGAGCUCCACUUUGCCCUGCCCCAUUCGCCGCCGCCACCACCGCCGCCGCCGCCGCCGUCGCCGCCGUCGUCAUCGUCGUCGCCACCGCCGUCGACGUCUCCUCCGACCAUCACUACCACCACCACCAAGCUGCUUCUGUCUGUUUCACCGAACUACGUAUGCACCCUCGACAGAACGCGCAACCCGUGUAGCUGUACCGUGUCGUCUAUUAACACCUAUUAACAUCUGAAACGGGACACGGCAACUGGCACAGCCAUAGAUAAAGGUCCAGCACCGAGACGCGAAUAUCGCGACGACGAUGUGGUUAUUUGUUGACAAAUCGCGCACUUCGGAAUGAAGGAGAAUGUCUGGCCCCAUCGACAUAUAUUAUAUUGGUCGGAGCAUGUGACGAAAUUUUUUUGAUCCUCCGUCUCUUGACAAAUCUAGAAGAGAGAAGUAAAUGUACGUUUAUGGAUCUUUUUAGAUUUUUUUUAUUGGUUGAAUUUUUAUAUU